GGGCGAGGAGGCGGCGGGGCGGCCGCGGGUCUUUCCCGGCCCUGCCCGCCGCGGGCAGCGCCUGCACCGCCGCAGACGAGCGGCUCGGCUCCGCGCGGCACCUCCCGGCCCCGAUGAGGCCCCGCCGGAGCAAGGCGCUGGCGGCCUGGCCUCGGGAGGGAGGAUGUGGUGAGAGGAUGGGGCUGUCUGCGGCCGGGGCUCGCCAUGGCCAGGGAGGACUCGGUGAAGUGCCUGCGCUGCCUGCUCUACGCCCUCAACCUCCUCUUCUGGUUGAUGUCCGUCAGUGUGUUAGGUGUUUCUGCUUGGAUGAGAGACUACUUGAAUAAUGUUCUCACUUUAACUGCAGAAACAAGGGUAGAGGAGGCUGUCAUUUUGACAUAUUUUCCUGUGGUCCAUCCAGUCAUGAUUGCUGUUUGCUGUUUCCUUAUCAUAGUUGGGAUGUUGGGCUACUGCGGGACAGUGAAAAGAAAUCUGUUGCUUCUUGUCUGGGUUAAAAUAGUUGAUGCUGAUGAGACGUUCCCUAAGUCACUGGAAGAAAAGAAAGAAAAUCCUGAAUCCAGUUGUGGUAGAAUGAAGAAUGAUGUGGUAUGGAUUCAGAAUACCUGGUACUUUGGAAGCUUGCUUGUAAUAUUCUGUGUUGAACUGGCCUGUGGUGUUUGGACCUAUGAGCAGGAAAUAACGGUUCCAGUGCAGUGGUCUGAUAUGAUCACUCUAAAAGCCAGGAUGACCAAUUACGGCCUACCUAGAUACCAGUGGCUUACCCAUGCUUGGAAUUUCUUUCAGAGGGAGUUUAAAUGUUGUGGGGUGGUGUACUUCACAGACUGGCUGGAAAUGACAGAGAUGGAUUGGCCUCCUGACUCCUGUUGUGUCAGAGAAUUCCCAGGAUGCUCGAAGCAGGCGCAUCAUGAGGAUCUCAGUGACCUUUAUCAGGAGGGAUGCGGUAAAAAAAUGUACACUUUUUUGAGGGGGACGAGGCAAUUGCAAGUGCUGCGAUUUCUGGGAAUCUCUAUUGGAGUAACACAGAUUCUGGCUAUGAUCCUCACUAUUACUUUGCUGUGGGCUCUGUACUAUGACAGGAGAGAUCCUGGGGCAGACCAGAUCAUAUCCCUGAAGAGUGACACCGCACAACACCUGUCAUGUCAUUCAGUGGAGCUACUGAAACCAAGCCUAACACGGAUUUUUGAACAUACAUCCAUGGCAAACAGCUUUAAUACACACUUUGAAAUGGAAGAGUUAUAGGUGAUACAAUGGAUCGAAGAAGUCGCAAAGGGUUUUAAUCUCUUCCUUUUUUCCUUUCUGAUGGUGUUUUUAUUCCGUUCCAUCCAGUACACUGAGUAUACCAGUCUUUCUGUGCUUCAGAAAACGGCUAAUGAAUUGUGGAGAAAACGCCUGCAUGGGAAGAAAGAUGAUCAGAUGUCUGUUUUGCAGCCUCUUAAGACAGCCAUGGACCAGGGAUGUUUUGGGCGUUUUAGAAGGCAUUCGUUCACUGGGCACAGUACUGUUUAACCUACUGGCGCAGGAUGUGUGAUGUGUAAAGUACCGACUGAUUCACAGGUAGAGGGAUAGAACUAAUGACGUACCCGCAGGAACCACCACCGAAAAGGAAGAAAGAUACUUGCCUUCCAAAGAAGUGGCUCUGCUUUGAACCAACAGAAUAUGACUCCAGCUGAAACUGACUUUUAUGUUUUUACCAAGCCAUUUGGAAAAUGUCUUAAAAUAAUCAGGGAUCUGCGUGUAUAUAAAUGUGUGUUUUGUGUGUGCAUGGAUAGCAGAACUGCAAUUCAAGUAAACACUUGGAUUUUAAAAUUUGCAAGAUUUGUUUAAAAGGCAAGAUUCUUUUUCUAACAAAAUCUUUAUCUUAGUUAUUGCUGUUAAAGAUGUUCUAAAACUUCUAUUUUUAUCUAACAUAACUGUUUAAAGUUUAAGUUUAUUAAACAGAGAUUAAAACAAAACUGACUGGACAAUAGACUAAUUUUCUGAGUAAUUCUAGAAAAUUCUUCUUGAAACAGUUUGUUCUGUGGACUAUUUGUGAGUAUUGCAAAAAAAAUAAAAUAAAUAAUAAAGCAGUCUUUCCAAACUGGGAUCAUAUGGGAAGUAGCACAGUUUUGUAGAUAUAUCCAUUUUUCUGUUCAUGUUUCCCCUCAAAAUAGAGACAAAGGACUGCAAGAAAAAUGCUUAUUGUUCUGGAUGCUAUUGCAAUAGUUAUAAAAGUGCAGGAGGAAAAAUUAUACUUUGGCUUGUUCUUCAUUAAGAGCUCUUUAGUGGCUUAAAAUGCCAUAUGGAAACAACAUUAAAAUGUAUUUAUUGAGGUGGGAAAAGUGCAUUUUACUGUAUUUUUAUAAACAAUGUUUAUUUCGCAGGGUUAUUUUUACAAUUGGCCACACUCCUGAAAUAUAUAUUUGCUCCACUGAAUACAGUAGAUCGUAGCAUGUUUUUUUUGCGUAAUAUUGCAUUUAAAAAAUUAUUUCCACUUGUUUUGGAAUUUGUAAAAGGAAAAAGCAGUAAGGUGUGAUUUGGUAGACAAUAAAAUUGCUAUUGUCUUAAAUUCCAUAA